UAGUCCCCCGAUAAUUGGGGAAGGUCUUUGGUAAGAAAAAGAGUCCGCGUGUUUUUUGCUGUCUGAUAAAGGCUGUAGUUUGUCUCCAGAAGGUACUUUAGUCUCUAUUGUGAAGUGUCUGAGAUAUCCAAGCAAAUGUUAGCUACACUGAGAAUGACCAGUGAUUUCAACCAGAGCCACUUCAACGGUGACGCCUGUUUUGAAGAUGGGGAUGAGCAAGACAUAGAAGAAGAAGAUACUACACUGUACUAUUUUGGAGGCCUCUUCAGAAGAGACGAGGCAGAGAGAGCCACAUUCUUUGAGAAGUUUAAGAAAGCAUGCUUGUGCUGGAUAAGUAAAAGAGAUGACCCCUCUGCAGUCAACUUGCUACAAGCCCAUCUCCCUACUGUGCUCAGAUUAUCUGUGACUGCACCCUUCAGAGAUAUCAGAGAGAAUGCAGCUGGAAUACUACAAGAACUGAAGAAACUAGGGUAUAAUGUUCCAACGCCGCUCUUUGUGGGACCAUCUUCAUUCAUCCCUCAAACUGAGACGAUAAUCUACGGUAAUGAAGAAUGGACUUAUCAAUCAGCACUGUGUAAAGUACAAUCAAUAUACGAGGAGACAUUCCUCCACGAUGGACGCCUCUCGAAUAUUGUCCAACUCCUGGGCUUCCACCCCUCCUACUUAAUGAGAUUCACCAAAACCCACGACUUCCUCAUGGACGGGAACGGGCCCCUGUCCCUCGACGUUCGCAAUUACAUCGCAAUACUGGCAGCAAGUCGGCACAAGUGCUCUUAUUUGGUGACAAUGCACGAGAAGGAGUUCCUAAAACACGACGGUGAUCCUCUGUGGCUCAAGGGGCUCCAAUACUUAACACCCAAGAUGAAGAGCCUGCUCAACCUCAACAAGUUGCUGGCCCAUCAGGCCUGGUUCGUCAAACCCGAGACUGUCAAGAACCUGGUAUCGGGUGCAGACAGUUGGUCAGUGUCAGAGCUGGUCCAUGCCGUGGCCAUCAUGGCUCACGUUCACGCGUUGGCUGGAUUUGCCCUCGGAUGUGGAAUCAAUCCUGAGAUAGACACAGAUUUUGGGCAUACAGACGGACUGAAAAACGGCCCGAUGGAUAUCACAGACUACUGUACAAACCCUGCACUGGGCCGGGGGGGCAGACAAACGUCUGACUCGGAUGUGACAGACUCCGGUCCCAUCUCUCCAAUGGCGCGAUCACCCACCCACCCCAGUGUCCUGCAGUCUAGAAUACACCACUUCAUUGAAUCCUCAAACCCGAAGAUGUCAGAUCAAGUUCUGAAUGGAGCGUCAAAGAAUCUUGAAGACACCCUGACUGACUGUGACCACCAAAAGAUGACUGAUAGUCUGAUGCAAAAGCUACAGCAGGUAAAGAACGAGAGCUCCAGCGACGAAGAGUCCCAGGAGCACAAGAAUCUCAUGUUUGAGGAUGCAGCUUCAUCAGCAGGACUGGACAUGAAGCGACCCAAGAUGGCAGUACCCACUCCAGUCAGUCUUGCACACUACCUGGAUGACCCAGACUAUGAGCACGAGGAGUUUGUCCACGCCUCUGCUGUAACACUCAGGGCAAGGGAUUACUCAUGGGAGGAUCAUGGCUUCCCAUUCCUGACUCGAGUCUACCCUGACCUGGGCCCCCUCCUAGAGGAAAGGUUCAAGGAAGCUUGUCACAUGACCUACAGAAGAGUGGCAGACAAGAAAGAUGUUGACACUGAGCCUUUCAGACUCUCCAUCUGGUACUACAUCCACAGCAUAAAGGGAAUCAGACACGAUGACUACAACUACAGAAGAGUGAAUCAAAUGUUGGACAUACCGUUUAAGACGUACGUUAGAAUGGUAUCUUGCUUUCCCGAGAAAGCCACUCGGUUUGACUUUGAUAACUCAAUGAGAGGACUCGAUAAUUCAGAAAAGGUUCAUGUGAACAUUUUGAUAUUGGAGGCGAGACUCCAAGCAGAACUCAUUUACGGACUUAGAGCGAUAAUGACAUGUAUGAAAUAGCUGCAAUGGUUGUUUCUCUCGUGUUGUGUCGUGGUCAGUCAUGUAUAUGUGUCUGUUAGUUUGGCAAGUCUAUCAAGUGAUCGGAGCAAUUCAAUAUAAGGAGCAAUUCAAUAUAACUUAUAGACUUUAUGUCAUAGUGAGCCUAUAAUUUUUUAGCAUUGAAAUGUCAUCAUCACAUUGCUGUCAACUAAACAUAUUAUUAUUAUUCAUGCACUUCUAAUUAUUGCGAAAAAAUCCUCCAUAAUAAUUUAUUAAAGCAGUCAACA